UUGCAACAAAGGUCCUAGAAAGUGGCCACCGCAGGCGACGGCUGUGUUUUGUUUCGAGCAGUUGAUCCUGCUGGAAUGCCCGUCCAGGGGCCACUCAAUAGUGAGUCAUCCAACCAGAGCUUGUGCAGUGUGGGCUCCUUGAGUGACAAAGAAGUAGAGACUCCUGAGAAAAAGCAGAAUGACCAGCGCAAUCGGAAAAGGAAAGCUGAACCAUACGAAACUAGCCAAGGGAAAGGCACUCCUAGGGGACAUAAAAUUAGUGAUUACUUUGAGUUUGCUGGGGGAAGCGGGCCAGGAACCAGCCCUGGCAGAAGUGUUCCACCCGUUGCACGAUCCUCACCGCAACAUUCCUUAUCCAAUCCCUUACCGCGGCGAGUGGAGCAGCCCCUCUACGGCCUCGAUGGCAGUGCUGCCAAGGAGGUGGCUGAGGAGCAGUCUGCGCUGCCCACCCUCAUGUCCGUGAUGCUGGCGAAGCCGCGGCUGGACACGGAGCAGCUCGCGCAGAGGGGAGCCGGCCUCUGCUUCACGUUCGUUUCCGCUCAGCAGAACAGCCCCUCGUCCACGGGAUCUGGUACCACCGAGCAUUCCUGCAGCUCCCAGAAGCAGGUUUCCAUCCAGCAUAGACAGACACAGUCUGACCUCACAAUAGAAAAAAUCUCUGCACUCGAAAACAGUAAGAACUCGGACCUAGAGAAGAAGGAGGGGAGGAUAGAUGACUUGCUGAGAGCCAACUGUGAUUUGAGACGGCAGAUUGACGAACAGCAAAAGGUGCUGGAGAAAUACAAGGAGCGGCUAAACAGAUGUGUGACAAUGAGCAAGAAGCUCCUUAUAGAAAAGUCAAAACAGGAGAAGAUGGCGUGUAGAGAUAAGAGCAUGCAAGACCGCCUGCGACUAGGCCACUUCACCACCGUCCGACACGGGGCCUCUUUUACUGAGCAGUGGACAGAUGGUUACGCGUUCCAGAACCUCAUCAAGCAACAGGAAAGGAUAAAUUCCCAGAGGGAAGAGAUAGAAAGGCAAAGGAAAAUGCUAGCAAAGCGGAAACCUCCCGCAAUGGGCCAGGCCCCUCCGGCUACCAGCGAGCAGAAGCAGCGGAAGAGCAAGACGAACGGAGCUGAAAGCGAGACGUUAACGUUAGCAGAAUACCACGAGCAAGAAGAAAUCUUCAAACUCAGACUAGGCCAUCUUAAAAAGGAGGAAGCAGAGAUCCAGGCAGAGCUGGAAAGGCUAGAAAGGGUUAGAAACCUACAUAUCAGGGAACUAAAACGGAUACACAAUGAAGAUAACUCACAAUUUAAAGACCAUCCAACGCUAAAUGACAGAUAUUUGUUAUUACAUCUCUUGGGUAGAGGAGGUUUCAGUGAAGUUUACAAGGCCUUUGAUCUAACAGAACAAAGAUACGUAGCUGUGAAAAUUCACCAGUUAAAUAAAAACUGGAGAGAUGAGAAAAAGGAGAAUUACCACAAGCAUGCGUGUAGGGAGUAUCGGAUUCACAAGGAGCUGGACCACCCCCGGAUAGUGAAGCUGUAUGAUUACUUCUCACUGGACACUGACUCGUUCUGCACAGUGUUAGAAUACUGUGAGGGGAAUGACCUGGACUUCUACCUGAAGCAGCACAAGUUAAUGUCGGAGAAAGAGGCCCGGUCCAUCAUCAUGCAGAUUGUGAACGCUUUAAAGUACUUAAAUGAAAUCAAACCUCCUAUCAUCCACUAUGACCUCAAACCAGGUAAUAUUCUCUUAGUAAAUGGUACAGCGUGUGGAGAGAUAAAAAUUACAGAUUUUGGUCUUUCCAAGAUCAUGGAUGACGACAGCUACAACUCAGUGGACGGCAUGGAGCUCACGUCGCAGGGUGCUGGCACUUACUGGUAUUUACCACCAGAGUGUUUCGUGGUUGGGAAGGAGCCACCAAAGAUCUCAAAUAAAGUCGACGUCUGGUCGGUGGGCGUGAUCUUCUACCAGUGUCUCUACGGAAGGAAGCCUUUCGGCCACAACCAAUCCCAGCAAGACAUUCUGCAGGAGAACACGAUUCUGAAAGCUACUGAGGUGCAGUUCCCGCCAAAGCCGGUGGCCACGCCUGAAGCCAAGGCAUUCAUCCGGCGGUGCCUGGCCUACCGGAAGGAGGACCGCAUCGACGUGCAGCAGCUGGCCUGCGACCCCUACCUGCUGCCGCACAUCCGCAAGUCGGUGUCCACGAGCAGCCCGGCCGGAGCGGCCAUCGCGUCCACCUCAGGGGCGUCCAACAACAGCUCCUCGAAUUGA